AUGGAAAAGACCAUGUAUGAGUACAAGUCCACUUGCGAAGUGCAAGCAGGCGAGACCUUUGAGGCUUUCCACUCCCGGAUUAUAGAGGCAUCGCAGAAACAUCUAGCCGAUUACAAGAAGGCGAAGUCAGCCUGCGAGGAUGCCAAGAAGGCGGUGGAAGAAAAACAAACAGAAUGCACCACUGCGCUGAAAACCCUCGAGUCUCAGAAGACGAAUUGUGACAGCGUCCAAGAUGCGAUGGACAGCUAUUCAUGCUCCUACACCGAAAAGGCCACCACCGAAUGCGAGGCGGCUCAGGAAUGCUACACCAAGGCUGUGAAUAAUUAUGACACUGUGAAAGCCAGUUCUCAUCAGCAGCUGGAUGCUUUGAAGCAGGAGUGGCGUGCUCUCUUGCGCAUGGAAUGCAUUAUCAAAGUCUUUGAACUGCCAGAAGGGGACCGGGCCAAGGCUAUUGAUCAGUGCCAGCUUAAAGACGUGGCCAAGCAAAGCGAUCAAGACCUCGCCUUGCAGUUCCCUGUCAAGCCUGGCAAGCCUUCAUGCCAAAUCCCGACAGGCCCAGCUGGCAGCUCGGCCUACAAGACGGCCAACUACAACAGCCUGCCCGCGGAGGCUCCCGCAAAGGCAUGCGUUGCAAGAAGCUGGUCCCUGGCUCUCAACAUCGAUACAAACGAUGGCAACGUUGUAGCCUACCCGAAUCUUAUUCGCACCCUGGGGAAUGUUGAAUUUUGGGAGUCGGCUACGGGCUUGGGAGGAGCCAGCGAUCAGACAUCGGACCGUUUCACCCGGGACUACAAGGACGCAGAUGUCUUCAGCAACAAGGAGGCCAAGGAGCUUUUGAUUGUUUGCCACAAUGAGGGUAAGGCACUCGGAUGGAGAACUUGGAAGCUCUUGGAAACCAAGACGCUCCACGGCUGGUUCACCACGGGCAACACCUGCAGCAGUGGUCUUGACCGCAACAAUAAGUACCAGAUGGCUGAUGAGACGACAGGCGGCGAUGUCGGCAAUCUCAUUGAGUGGGAGCCAAUGAUCAAGAAUACGCACAACGGUGUCGAUGACCUUUACGUGAAUACCGAGAUGAACACAUACGACUUCAACCGCUUGUCGACAAACCUCAACAGCAGAUACAAUCGCGGAGCCGGACUAGGCCCCCAGCACGACGAACAACACGUUUCCGGCAGUUGUGGAGACACGGAGCGGCCGCAGGCAGAUGCCCAGAUGCGCACCGAGAAGGAACAUUGGGGAAGCCACGGCGGCAUGGGCGGGCUCAUCGGCUCAGAUCACAACUGUCACGGAGGAUGCCAGUGGACGAUCAGCUCGGGUUACGACUACGACUAUGCUAUUUUCGUGCAGUGA